UUUUUUUGGGGGGGGGCAAGAUAGAAUGAAUUUAUUGACUCUGGUUGUGUAUGUUAUCCAAAAAAUUCAUUAAAUCUUUGUUAGUCCAAUUUUCAAAGCUCUAUCCUUUUUGUUCUUCCAGAAAUUAAUUUUUUGCUGUAUUUUGACAAUUUUGUAUAUUAGAAAAAUCAACAGAAAUCACCUACUUUCAAGAGAGAGAAGAAUAAAAAUAUAAAAAAAGAUACCUUCAUAAUAUUCCUGCUGUGAGAUUAAUUUCAUUUUUGAUCCAUCCAUUAUUGGAGCUUCAAGAUUUUAUUCUGUAAGUAUGUGAUUUUGUUAUGCUAAUUGGGGUUGUGUUUUCAAGAUUUAUUUUGGUUUUUAUGUAUUAUAUUUAUUUAAUUCUCAUUUGGGUUUUUGUAAUUUCAAGAAUCUUGAUAUAAAGUUUAGUACUUUAGGGGUUUUGAAUUUUUGAAUUUGUCAUUUGGGUUUUAGUAAUUUCAAGAAUCUUGAUGUAAAGUUUUGGAAAUAGCCUCUCUACCUGCUAGAGGCAGUGGUAAGGUAUGCGAAUGCUCUAUCCUCUCCGGACCCCACAAGUGGGACUUGAUGUAUUUGUAUUCUGUUUUCCACUGCUAGAUUGUGAUAUCAAGCUCAAUUAGAUUGUAAUAUAGGAUUAUUGUGUAAUUUUUGGGGAUAUUAAGUUUCUUGGUAGUUGAACAGAUGAAUGUUGUAGGUAAAGUUAGUAGCUUUAUAACACAGGGUGUAUACUCAGUUGCCACCCCAUUUCACCCUUUUGGUGGAGCAGUUGACAUAAUUGUAGUGAAACAGCAUGAUGGGACUUUUAGGAGUACCCCUUGGUAUGUUCGAUUCGGGAAGUUUCAAGGUGUUCUUAAGGGGACAGAAAAGGUAGUUAGAAUAGAAGUUAAUGGUAAAGAAGCCGAUUUUCAUAUGUAUCUUGAUAAUUCUGGUGAAGCAUAUUUUAUCAAAGAGGCUGCUGCUGACGAUGGGAAUGAGGAAAAUGGUGUCUUGAAGGAGUCCGAUAGUCUUAAAGGUGAAGAGGAUACUAGUAAUCUUGGUAACGGUAACCAUAAAGACAGUAGAAAAGAUGACGAGCUGUCUAAAAAAGAGGAGGAGGAUGCUGCUGAUUUGCCAUUACGAGAUGAACGUGUUACAUUAGGUAUGGAUCGAUUAAAUAGGACAGAUUCAGAUGCUGACCGAAGAUUCUACGAGUUUCAGGAUGACCAAUGUUCUCUGGAUGAUUCGGUUGAUUUAUCUGAAUAUGGUUCCAGUAGAUAUGAUAAUUUGGAAAAUGUGGAGCAUGUUUUAGAAUCACAGGACUCCAGUUCGGAAGUUGUUCUAGUGAGUGUGGAUGGCCAUAUACUGACAGCACCUAUUUCAUCUUCUGAAAGGAACACGGAAGAUGUCGAAUUGGACACACCUCAGUUUCAUCUGGGGCCUGGUCAGGGGACUGAAUUUUGUGAUGAUAGUUCAGAGUUUAAUUCAGGUGAUGGUACAUGGGCUGAGGAUUAUUUCAGUGAUCUGAACUCAUCCAAAGUUGCAUCAGCAGGCACUCGCAAUGUUAAAAAUGAGAGCACUACAAUUGAGCACCACUUAGAAGUUUCUGAAGUAGAUGGAAAGCAUCUUGAUCAAACUCCAGAAAAUGAUCUGAAGAACCGGGAAUUAGAUCCGUGCAUGAAUCGUACUGAGGAGAGCACAUCAUGCAGCAUUAAGAAGGAUGAGGUUUUCAAGAGCUGCCUAGAGCUAUCCGCAUUAGCCAUGCACGCUGAAGAUGAGGUUAGUCAGUCAGACACGGUUUCUCAGUCGGAGAUAUCUCCGGGAGUUGUUGAAGAUGUAAAGGAAACGUUUCAUAGGAGUGCUACUGCAAUCAGUGAAGCUGAAGACAGACAUCCUGAGAAAUUGGGAAAUGAAAAUGGAAGUCAUGAUGCUGACGGUGUAACCCUUCAGAAAAGUGACUUGGACUCGGGGCAUAAUGCUUCAGACAGUGCAAGAGAUCAUCUUUUUGAGAAUGAUGACCACUCAAAGGAACAGACUGAUGUAACAGUAGAGCAGACACAAAGUGGCCAGCAAGGAUCAGAUGAAAGCACCAAAUUUGAUAAUUUGGAGCAGCAGACUGCAGCUUUGCUUAAAGUGAUAUCUGCAGGAGUAGAGAUAUCUCUUUGUAGGAACUUGCUUCAUGCUGGCAUGGGUUCUGUAGCUGCUGGAGAAGUCUUUGAGGCAAAUCGCAUUUCUGAGGAGGAAUUCAGGAACUCUGCAAAAUCCAUAAUUGAUAAUCCAAAUUUAGCUGUCCGAAUUCAAGGAAAUUAUUUACCCUGGGACAAAGCUGCGCCUAUCGUUCUCGGGAUGGCUGCAUAUAAUAUGGAACUACCAGUUGACUCUACUGAUGUCAUACCCGUGGAGCAGGACAAGAACGUAAAAGCAGGAGAGGAUGAUAGUGGGUUGCCUUCAACUCCUAGUCGACGAUGGAGGCUUUGGCCAAUACCAUUUAGAAGAGUAAAGACAAUAGAGCAUACUAGCAGUAAUUCAUCAAAUGAAGAGGUGUUUGUUGAUUCCGAAUCAAUCUCACUGACCCAGCCUACAGAGCAAACAGCAACACCACAAGGAGGAAAGGAAUCUCCUCGCAAGCAACUUGUGAGAACAAAUGUCCCUUCUACUGGUCAAAUCGAAUCUUUAAAACUGAAAGAGGGUCAGAAUUUGGUGACUUUCAUUUUUUCCACUCGAGUCCUAGGGGAGCAAAAGGUUGAAGCCCAUAUAUAUUUGUGGAAGUGGAAUACUCGGAUAGUAAUUUCUGAUGUUGAUGGGACUAUUACCAAGUCCGAUGUUCUUGGUCAGUUCAUGCCAUUGGUUGGAAAGGACUGGACCCACUCUGGAAUCGCGAGACUUUUCUGUGCAAUCAAGGAAAAUGGUUAUCAGCUGCUCUUUCUCAGUGCACGAGCAAUUGUUCAAGCUUAUCUGACCAAAAGUUUUCUGUUCAAUCUCAAACAGGAUGGGAAAUCUUUACCACCUGGACCUGUUGUUAUUUCACCUGAUGGUUUAUUUCCCUCAUUGUACAGGGAAGUUAUAAGAAGAGCUCCUCAUGAAUUCAAGAUUGCCUGCUUAGAGGACAUUAAAGCACUUUUUCCACCAGAUUACAACCCUUUUUAUGCGGGCUUUGGGAAUAGGGACACCGAUGAGCUCAGUUACAGGAAAAUUGGAAUUCCGAAAGGCAAAAUUUUUAUAAUAAACCCAAAGGGGGAGGUAGCAAUUAACCACCAAAUCGAUGUGAAAUCCUAUACUUCAUUACACACACUAGUUAAUGACAUGUUCCCUCCUACAUCCAUGGUUGAGCAGGAAGAUUUUAACUUGUGGAACUAUUGGAAAGUGCCAUUGGUAGAGGUCGAUGACUUGUAGAGAUUUCUUCUUCCCUCAUACCGAUGGAACUUUUUGGUUGACCUGGAAGCCGAUGACAUGUGUACCACCUGCAGUUUCUUGAGAUCUCUUCCCUCGUAUCGAGGGAUCAUUUUUCGUUGAUCUGGGAAGUCGCCGACAUGUUUAGCAGCCGAUAUAUGUCUAACCACCUGCAGUUUCCUUUGUAGAAGAGCUGCCAUUCUAGUUCUUUUUUCUUGUUUCUAUUAUUAAGGUGUAUAAAAUUCAGCUAUGUAGGUCCUUAUUAAUUCAUAUAUUGUACUCAAAAGCAUAUAAAGUUCUUACUGAAUAAAAAUUUUCUGUUCUAUUUCUUUAA